AUGUCACCUUUCCGCGAUCCUCCAGCAGAGAUCAUCAACGCGUGGGAGCUUUGGGCGGGCCUCAAGGACGAAAUAAUUCUGGGCCGAAAAAGCCUAAAGUCGGGGCCUUUAACCACCCACAGCCUAAUGGGAAUCGAUUCCAGAAGCCCGAUGAAACUGUGGGCCUCGAUAAAAGGUCGCCCGAGUGUUAAAAGAUCCAAGAGUUUGAGGUUCUUGUCCGGUCCGGAACUCUUGGCCGAGUUCGAAAGGGAGGUAUCCGAAGAGGAAGAAGAGAUCAAGAAAAUGAUUUUGGAGAAUGAAAGCCCGAAAAAGUCGAAAGCUUUACGCAAAUCAGAAGCUUUUCUUGAGUCCUACAAGUGGAACGUGAAGGUGCUCGAACGGGACAUAUAUGUGGACUCGGGCUUUAAGGAGGAGCUUAGGGUGCUGGUGGGCUCGAAGGAGGUUCGGGUGCCGCUAGUGUUCGUGAGGGGGAGAUUGAUUGGCGGGUUGGAUGAGGUGGCGAGGCUUGAAGGGGAGGGAGAAUGGGGGGUUUUGCUUCGGGGGAUACCGAGAGCCGUGACCACGGGCUGCAAGGGUUGUGCCGGGGUUCGGUUCAUGAUGUGCUAUGAGUGCAGUGGGAGCUGCAAGAUGUUGGGGGAUGAUGGGAGGAAGAGUGUUAAGUGUGGGAAGUGCAAUGAAAAUGGGUUGAUUAAUUUGUUGUUUUUAGGAUGUUGUUUGUUUGUGUUUGUGUGCGUGUCCAACAAAAAAUUGAUCAUAAUAAAGCAACUCCAUUAA